UCAACCAAGAACCAAUGCAUGUGUCACACGCAGUUAAUAUUAUAAUCAAUUCAAUUUAUUUGAUUUUGAUUUAGCACUGCAGUUAGAUGUAUUGUAAAGUGUAAAGUCAAGUGUUUAGUGUUUAGCCAAUGGUGGUUGAAAGUUGAACAACUCUCCAUUGACUAUGAAUGUACCAAAUAUAGAAGGACUGGGCAAACUACACCAGGCAAUAACAGAGGCUCUGGAGAUUGAAAAGUGCUCAAUUUGCCUAGAACAACUAGAAAGCACUGUUUUACUGUGGCCUUGUACACAUUGGUUUUGCAACAAAUGCAUUUCAACUCUCCAAAAGAGUGCUCGUGGAGAGAAAGUGACUUGCCCACUGUGUAAGGUCGUGACCAGUCGAAGAAAGAUCCUUCCCUUUCAAGAUAAACAAAGUGAAUAUGAGGACCACCUACAGACGUUAAUUGGUGCCUUGAGCUUGGAUCUUAAAUUUGAUGUGACAAGCUAUAACAAUUUAAGAAAACAAACACAGUUAAUAGAAUAUGACAUUCUGAAAACUAAUGAAGAAGUAGAAUCUAUGGCAUUAUUAUCACCUGUCAAGAAGACUAGAACAAAAGCAUCAGUUAGAGUCAUUGAAGUAAAGACGAAAACAGACGAAAUUCAAACAAGACCAACAAGAAGAUCAGGAUAUUUGAAUGCUAAAAAUAGAAACUCAUUGGCAGUUAAGAAUAAACAGACACCAGCUGGCAAAUCACCGAUUCCAUCCACAGCAUUGUUGCCAGAAACUCCAAAUAGUCCUAAAGAAAAGAAAGUCCGGGAAUGGCUUGAUGCAAACAAGUUUUCACAAGCAGGUCCAGAUGUGUGUGUCGAAACUGUUGUGGCAGAUGUUCAUAAUGCUGAACUGGAUGAAUCUUUGUGCUUUUCUGAAACUGCUCUGCAAUCGGUGUCACAAGUAGACUCUGGAAGUGUACAGUCACCAGUUGGAUCCAUACAGAAAAAAAACCAUUUUAGUGCUUUGUCAAGUGAUGACAUCAAGGUUGUAAAUAUAUCUGCAAAUAAAUUCCUGACAACCAAGGACAAUGUGAAAAGAAAGAAAAAAUCUGUGUGUAUGCCUUCAGUUGAAAAAUUUGAUGAGCUUUUUUCAGAAAACCGAAAAAUGCAAGCUGUUAAAACAACAUAUGGCAGUAAAAAUCCAUACUCUUCGGUUCGCAACCGCGGCCAGAGGUUUGCAGUGAAGACCGAUUUGUUUACUAGUAUUGAUGAAAAUAAAGACGUUGAGAAAUCUAGUUCAGAAGAAAUCAAAACAACAGAAGAUACACUAGAAGACUUUUCUUCAGGAAGUGGAGAAGAAUGGACUGUUGAAAAAAAACCAAGGAAGAGUAAUAUAUUGAGUAAAGGCAAAAAUUUACAAAACAGCUUGAAGAAAAAAGCCUUGAGAGGUGUCAAGAACACUGUUGAAAUGUAUGUAAAAACACAGAGAAAAAGUUUUAAAGAUUCUGUCAAAAAAGGUAUAAAAGAGCAAAAAAUAAAAAGGAACAACACUUAUCAAGAGAGCAACAACAAAGAAGAGAAAAUCCAAAACCAAAUGCUAUUCAAGCGUGGGAUUGUAGAACCUAAGGAGAAUUUAGCUAAAGAAAUUAUUGAUGACUGGAAUGACACAAAAGAUUCAAAUAGCUUAUUUUUAGAAAAUGGUCAGUUGCUGACUAAAGAUAAUGUUGAUAUUGCUAUGGGAGAGUCCAAAACCAGCAAAUCGUCUGAAACUAAAUCUGUUGGUAAAAUUUCUGAAUCAAAAGAAUUGAACUCUAAAGAUAAUAGUGCUGUUAACAGAGUAAUGGAAACUCCAAGUAAGGAAGUAAACGCAAGAUCUCCGGGAUGGUCUAGGCUCAAGUCUACGAAGAAGGAGUUUCACCUAUCUGAUAAGAAGAAACUCAGCCUAUCAAAAUCUAGUUCUUCCUUGGCUAAUCUUGGUAUUUCACCUUUGUUGAAUCAAAGUAAGAGCUCGGUCAGCAGUUUGAACAAAGUCAGUCCAGAAGGGACAAUAAAUAAAUCAAGUAAGUCAGUAGGCCCGUAUAAAACUAUAUGCCCGUCUAAACCCAUAGAUGAUGCAAGGUAUACAACAUCUGAUGUUGAUUGUGAGACAAAAACAGAGAAAACUACAGAAAUAAGAAAGAGUUUAAAUGCAUCACUAAAUUCAUCUGCAUCAGGAUCACCCUUUAGAGGGUUUUCUUCGCCUGAGGAGAAAGUACCUUUCAAAGGUUCAAAAGCAGGUCUAAACCUAGCCAGUGAUGCUCAAAAGUCCAACAACACAGAUGUCCUACGUUUGUUAUCUAAGAAAAGGGAGAAUAAUGUUGCUGUUUCAAAUAAAAAUAAAGAAUUAUCACUCUCCGAAAGUUUGAGGAAAGGUGAUUGCAUGGAAGUAGAUUUGAUUGCUCAUGAAGAUCCUGAAUUUCCUCAAAAAACAAAUAUUGAAAAAUUUUUUUCACGUGAAAUAUCUGAAGAAAGUACCAAGCCUUUAGAAAAGUUCAAUACUGAAGGAAAAUGUGUGUCAGCUCUUCCACAGCAGAGCUCAGUAUUUCCUAAGAAACGAGAUCGAGAUUCUGGAAUCCAUAAUGAGAGUGGAAUCUCCUCUCCUGUAAGAAAAAAGGUUUGUAGGGACGCUGAAGUACAAACAAGUCCAGGCAGAAUGCAGUCAGUCAUUCGCGACAUGCUCAAAGACAUGUGCGGAAUAGAAUUGGAGGACAUGAUAAAGAGAUCUAAUAAAUGUGCUUCACUGAAACCCGUGGACAUUGGUGUCACAAGUCCCAUCCAACAUUUUACAUCAUCACAGGAUUCAGAUAAGGAAAAUGUUGACAUAAUUUCAAACAAUUUUUCUGCUUCGAAGAAAAAUUUAGAUGAAUCUGAUAUUGUGUUUGCUACAGAAGAAAGUUCAGGACUUACCCAAUUAAAUCAGCUAGGGAGCGCUCGGAAAAAUGCUCUGGUCAACAAUCAAGAUUCAUCAAAUCUGAAUGUUUUAAAGGAAUUCAAAGAAUUCAUUUAUGAUGUCGACCCUGAUGCACCUACUCAACUUUAUAAAACACCGGUUGUACCAAAGAAACCUUUACAAACUUCCACAAAAGAGUAUACUAUUGUUUCAAAUCCCUCAUCAAGUGAAUUGAAGAGGACAGACCAUUUAUUCAACAAAAGCGAUGUUAUAUUCCCAGAUGAAACACCUAAAGGAGUCACUCCUUGGAAUUACUCAGGAGUAGAUGAACUCAACGGUAAUACUGGUACAGUAAAAAAAUGGGCAAAUGAGAGUGUCCCUCCUGCAUCUCAAAGUUCAAAAGAAAAGACAAGAAGCAGGAGGCAGUUAGAUUUUGUGGAGGAGAACUCAAACGACAUAUUUGAUUUUGAAAAACAAACUUCUAGUCACAAUAAAGAUGGUGCUGAGAAUUGUCAAUUGGACUGUUCUCAGAAUGAAAGAGUGGAAAUUUUACGUGACAAAAGUGAUGAGCUCGAUGAUAUUUUUAUGCAGAGCGAUGAACUUCCUGAUGUUAUUGUCAACUCUCAAGGUAAAGAGAGAGAAGUUUCAUUUGACAAUGAGCAUCACAAGGAAAUGAAUCGUAGUGAAAUUGUAACUGAUAAUAUGACUGACACAUCAGGAAUAGUAGGGCCCUCUGAGUUACAGGCUGACGAUAAUCAACUGAAUUUUUGCAACAAACAGAAUAAUACCGACACAAGUAAAAAAAUCGUGUCAAAUAACCCUGACAAGGUUUUGUUGGGGAGAAUUAAUAAAUCAACUCAAUUAGAAAAUGAAGUUCGAACAGAUAUCUUGGACUCAGAGCAAGAUUCUUACAUGUUCCAUCAGUCACCUAAACGUAAGACAAGAACUGGUUGUGUAAAAAAAAGAGACGAUGACGAGGAAUCAAAUCCUGCGAGUGACGUUAGUUACGUGGAAGGCACGCCGGAUGUCUCUCAAAAUGAAGUGAAUCAACAGGAAAUGCAAAAUAAUGAACAUGAUUUGGAAACAUGUAAUCAACCUCAAAAGCUUGUUGACAAGGAAGAUUUCCCUCAGAGGGUUAGGGAAAAUAAGCUCUCCCAUAAGGAGCAUAUCCAUCAUGAGUCUCAACAAAAAGAGGAAGAUGGCGUCAAGUCGGGAAGUAACAACAUAAAUGAAAACACAGAGGUUGAAGAUGAAAGUCUUUGUUUUGCUUCUUCACUUCUCAAUGCACAGCAAAAUCAAGUUUUGGCCUGUGUUCUUGGGGCAAUGGGACUUACCUAUUCAAAAAAUGUGGGACCUCACAUCAGCCACCUCAUCGUAGGCACAAAGGACGGAUGCUUCCAAAACACCUACAAAGUUCUGCUCGCUAUGGCCUUGCAUAAACCCAUUAUCAGGUUUGAAUGGGUGGAACAAGUUAUAAGAACCGGAGGCAGCGUACCUCUGGACACAUUUGUUGCUCUUGAUCCUAGCGGAGAGUGUGGAGUGUUAAGAGCAAAAGCGGACAAAAAUCGACAACUUCUACAGGAUUUUGCAAUUCAUAUAUAUAACGUAAACGACAGAAUUGUUUUGAAGGAACAGAUUGAGGAACUUGUUAAACUGUGUGGUGGAAGUGUUGUUAAGGAUUUACAUGACUUUUACACUGUCCCCCGAGACAAAUUUAGGAUAAUUGUCUUGUCUGAACCUCCAGAUUCUCUCACUCAAGGAGAUUGGCGCCAGAGAUACUCAGCUGUGGAGGUGAUGAUAGACUGGGUCUACAACACUAUCGGAAGGUACAGAGUGAUGCCUCUGGUGCCUUACAUGGUCACUGAGGCCACCGACGCUGUGCCUUUCUUACAGCACGAAGGCUAUCCCAAGGAACUCAUAUUUGAUUUGUCCAUGCAGGAAUAGUUCCCCUGGAAUUGUUGUUCAGUGUCCUGAAUCAGUUCUGUUUCCUUAAAAACAAAAACGGCCGUUUCUGUUUUCAAGGUUUGGUAGUCGUGUCUACCAGAAUAGUUAUUCUGUUUCAUGGAAUAGUAGUGUUGCUUCCUGGAUAAUCUAUUCUGUGUUUCCAAGAGCAGUGUUAUUCCUGUUUUGUCUAAAUGUAUAGAUCUGUAAAUGUUAUAGGUGUAGUUGUUUUUUUGUGUCCUGUAUACUAAUUUUGUGUUUGUAAGUAUAUUGUACUCUUGAAAAUAUUUAUUGUACAUAUGAUGUUUGACAUUAUUAGUCCCUCUUUAGUUUGUAUAUACCCAGUAUAACAUCCAUUCAUCACUUCAAGAAGUAUCCUUAUUCACACUGAUGUUUCCAAAAUAGAAAAUCCUUUGUGCAAUUAACUAUUACUUUACCUUUACAUCAUUACAACUCAAACUUAGCAUAUUGAAAGUAUUAACAUGUUUACAACAACACAAUAUCUAUACUUAAGAAAAAUUUAUAAAUACAAAACUUUUUAAAACAAAGCGUUUUUAAACGCACUAAAAAGUAGAAAAUAAUUUAUAAAUAUGUGGAGAGUAUAAAUACUUGUAGGAUUUAAAACGAGAAACGUUGGGUGUAUGCAAUAGAUACACCUUUCAUAUUUGAUAUUAGUGACAAUUACCUUCAUCUAUUAAACUGACGUAUUAUUAGAAAUUGCAUGCACCCAACGUUUUACGUUUUAAAUCCUUCAAGUAUUUAUACUCUCCACAUAUUUAUAAAUUAUUUUAUACUUUUUAGUUUUUAAUGUGUGUGGAUGUUAAAUCUAUUUCAAGCAUCUAUAUCAGGUUAAGACAGAAGCGUGUGAGAAAUCUAAGGUUUAUUUGAGUUUCUUUUCAUAUCAUUAUGUAUAAGAUUUAAUGUAUGGCCUACCUACUAACUAUAAAUAUAGCAAUCUAUUAAAUUUAUUGUUUACUUUAAAGAAUACUAAAUAAAUAACAAAUGACAUUAUUAACAAACACCUUUAUAUCAGCAAUCAGAUUGUUUAUCUUUAUUUUGAAAUGUUUGUUUGUUAAUAAUCUCUUGGGAGCACAACCUGUACCUCUUAACCUCUGCUCUUCGAACUGUCAAAUUUAAGUAUUUACAGCUGACUUAUAUUAAUCGAUAUAUUUACAUUCUUUCAAAAUGUAAACAUGGAAAAUUUGGAAGCCCAUGGGGCGUAGCCCAAGGGAAAUAUGAAAAUUAAAUGAUAUAAUAUUGCAUUGUCAUCCAUUUGUGAGCUAUGUUUCAAAUUUCAAGUCUCUAGCUCAUCGGGAACUUUGUUUAAAAUUGAUAUCAAAAUUUGUAGGAAAGCGACUAGUGAGCUAAUAAAAACAAGCCAAUGGGGCGUAGCCCAAGGGAAAUAUGAAAAUUAAAUGAUAUAAUAUUGUAUUGUCAUCCAUUUGUGAGCUGUGUUUCAAGUAUCUAGCUCAUCGGGAACUUAGUAUAAAAUUGAUUACAAAAUUUGUACCGGACAAGAAAGCGAGCUAAUAAAAACGUUUUAACAACCUGAUUUUUUAAAACUUAGUUUGAAGGUUAAUAAAUUGUGUUAUAAUUUGUAUACAACGAAACAAUCAUUAGAAAGCAGGAACAUAACAACUUGAAUUUAUAAACAUAAUUAUUUAUCCCUAAUUAAUUAUUGUAAGACUACCACAAUAAAAUAUGUAUAAAAUAUGACAGCAACAAUAAUGGUACCCUACUUUUUAAUUUUAACUAACGUAAAGGGGCGGGGCUAUAACAUAAUGUAUUAGGAAUAUUUUAUUUGAAAAAUCUUUAGGCUAUAUGUUAUUUUAUAUACAACUUGUUAAGUUAUAAUUUAAGUGUUUGUAACUAUUCUUUUUGGUAUGAUUGUACACUCUUCAAAAUUUAUGAUUACUUCUAUAA